AUGAACGCCUCAGAUGCGAAAGAAAUUCAAGAACGGCUUGAUCGUCUUGAGGGUCAACAAGGGAACUCAUAUGACAUCACGAAAGGUCAAAUCGAAGUCAUCAAUUCUACGCUUUUCCGACUGCAACACACAGAGGAAAUCGUGCAGAAAAAUGAAGAAAUUCUAUUGAACGCGACACAGCAGCUGUCAGAACGCAUGGAGGCGAGAUUCAACACAACGUUGGUUCGUGACGACAUGGACGAACAUUUCAUGGUCAUCACAGCAGUUCUUGAUGGAGCGAUGAGAGACGCAAGAAAAAUUCUGCGCCUUCUGACAGACGAAAGAGGAAGGAUCCUGGGAACAGGAGUUCUCUCAGAGCAACAUCUGGUAGAGAUUCUGAAGAAAGCUAAAUUGCCAACAGGAUUCAGCUUUCCGAUAGAAGUUGGUAUUAACGUUAUGCACAAGUUGGAGAGAAUUUCCACCAUCAGUAUUCACACUUUCAACACGAGAAUCGUGACGAUGUUGGAAAUACCGCUGGUAAACUCUCAAAUCUACAGCGUAUAUAAACCGCAUGGAUUGCCAGUGAAAACGGUUGAGGGAUAUUACUCAUAUAUCGAACCAGAAAACGAGUAUUUAAUUAUCCACGGGCCGACGCAGCAGUUCAUUCCAAUGACGUCAGAGCAGUUGGGGAAUUGUAAGAGACUCGACGGGCAAUACCUGUGCACGGAAAUACUGCCUACGCAAGCUAUACGGCCGUAUAGUCCCUGUGAGGUGCACAUGUACGUUGACCCCGGGAAAAUUCCAGAUUCAUGUGUCGUAAAACACAUCAUGUUGAAACGUCUACUCCUCAUUCACCUGACCUCGGACAACGCAUGGCUUUACGCAGCGCCACAUCCAGAGGAGAUCACCGUUCGAUGUGGGCAGAAGGAGAAUAGAAGCAUCCUAGAAGGGACGGGAAUCUUACAGAUAGAUAACUUAUGUGAAGUUAUCGCCGCAGAUUUCACAAUCAGAGGACGAAAGUCGUCAGGAGUACGUCUCGAUCUGCAUAUUCAUCCGAAGAUGAACUUGACUCUGAGCGAGAAUACGAGCAACUACCUGAAAGAGGGCCAGCUGAACCUGAAAGAUGUCCAUCUUCGCAGUGUGGUACGAAAUGUCAAGGAGCUGCAAGGACUACAGGCGGACUUGGAACAAGAAAUGAAACGGUUGGAUGCAAAUGCGACAUUCUUUGGCAUCCCAGACCUCCUCGCACAUCCAGCAUCAAUUAUCUCUAGCGCAACGAUAUUUCUCCUCAUCAUUACAGUGCUAUCACUGUGCUGUUGGUGCCGACGUACCGGUUCGGUAAUCCGAGAGUUGAUAGGAGGAACCCAGGCACCAUCUCACCCAUAG